AUGACCUCCUGCAUCUUAGCGGGGAGCAUUGAGACCUCACCCAAGGUCUCUCCUGGAGAUUCUGAAGCCAAACCUCUGAUCUUCACAUUUGUCCCCACUGUCAGAAGACUACCAACCCACAUUCAGUUGGCUGACACUUCCAAAUUCCUUGUUAAAAUUCCUGAGGAACCAAGUGAUAAGAGUCCAGAAAGAGUACAUAGGUGUGAGUACAGUGGCCAUAUGACCUUCAGCUGUGACAGUCAACAGGAGAGAGACCAGAGGAUACUGGCUUAUCCCUCGGAGGUCAGUGGAAGGAACUCACAAGGAAAGAAAUUUGAUACGAACGAACCACAAGGGAUGCAGAAAGGUGACCUCUUCAAAGCAGAGUAUGUUUUUAUUGUGGAUUCUGAUGGGGAAGAUGAAGCUACAAGCAGAGAAAGUGAACAAGGCACCGUGGGGGGAACCGGCAACAUAGCUACCCGGCCCAAGUCUCUGGCUAUUUCUUCCAGUCUGGCCUCUGAUGUGGUGCGUCCCAAAGUACGUGACGUUGAUCUCAAGGCCUCAACAUAUCCCAAAAUUCCUCAUGGGAUGGCCCCUCAGCAAAAGCACGGACAGAAAACGCCACCGGUCCCAGCUAACGUCAGCGGAGCCUCUGUGCUAGAGGAGUUUCACACUCGCAGGCUGGAUGCCACAGGGGCCUCGGUGGAAGAAUCAGCUACGUAUUUUCACACUACUGCUCACGAGUCCCCCCUUUCUGCGUGGAGGGGCGCCUCGUCAUUAUUAUUUCCCCCUUCCACUCAACUGCCCGGUUCUAGUUCAUGUGGCUCAAAUGUUGCUGCUCACACACCUGGACUGGCACCCGAAGCACAGAAGAAAAUGUCAGCUUCGCAUGUCCUUGAUCCCAGGGAAGAUCUGAAAACCUCUCCUUCACCUGCCUCUGGUGCUUCUCUGAAGUCACCUUCAGCUUCCUACAUACCGGUCCGCAUUGUCAUGCAUUCACUGUCUCCAAGUCCCAAACCACUUACCUCCUCUUCCCAUGGCUCCUUAUCUACUGUCUGUAGCCGAAUGUCAUCCAGUGGAAAUCUUUCAAAGUCCGGGCUGAAGUCCCCGGUACCCUCUCGGCUCUCUCUCCUCACUGCUAUUCUCAAAUCGAACCCUUCUCACCAAAGGCCUUUGUCCCCUGCAUCCUGCCCAACCUUCUCUCUCAAUUCCCUGGCCUCAUCCACUCUCACACUUGAUCAAAAAGUAAAGCAAACUUCACCCACACCUAAGAAAUCUCUCUCAAGUUGCUCCUUGACAGCUGGGUCUACAGAGCAAGGAGAACACCAGGCUUCUGCAGAGACCCACCUACCCUGCCACCUCCCUUUCUUUCCCAAGUCUACCCCACUAUCUCAGAUGUACCCCCUCUCUCCACUAGCCCCCGACAGUAGCAGCUAUGCUUCUACGAAUAUAGAGAAAAUACCACGAGGCACACUGAGGAACAGUCCCACACUAUCCCAAUUACAGACUGACACGUUCUGUUUUGCUGAUGUCCCUCCAGUCACACCGGGCUCAUCCCCUCUUUCCUCUUUGGAGGGCAGACAGGAUGGUAACCUUAGGAGUCCAGAAAAGAACAGGAAUACUUGCACACACCCUUUCCCCUUAUUAUCCUCUGCAUCUCCUGUUAAUGAGAGCACUGCCCUUUCCUCUCUAGAGAAACGUUUCCACCCCUCCCCAGCUCUCUCAGACCUGAUAGACAGAUCCAAAAGAGCUUGCUCUCAACAGCACUCAGGCCGGGGGCUGAGCCCUUCGGUUCCUUCUGCUCCUCCUAUCUCCCAUGCUAGCUCUGCUUGUCAUCCCAGCUUAGGGCUCUCCAUUCUUCCUCCUGAGAGUUCACUCACCCAGGUACUCCAGCCUAGUCCUUCAGAACUGCACCUAAGUUAUGGCAGUGGUACAUAUCCUUCAAGAACUGGACCUCCAGAAAGCAUAAUAUCCAACCACAGCUCACUUGUUCCAACCCCAUCACUUCCUGUCUCUCUAACAAGAACCAAGGAGCUGACGUCACCUUGCGCACUGUCCAUGUCAACAGACCCUGAAAAUAAGAAGCCCAAGCAAUACAAGACCAAGUCAAGCUACAAGGCUUUUGCAGCAAUCCCUACAAACACAUUGCUCUUGGAACAGAAGGCACUAGAUGAACCAGCCAGGACUGAAAGCAACUCCAAGGCCAGCGUGUUAGAUCUACCAGUGGAGCAUUCUUCUGAUUCUCCUUCACGGCCCCCACAGAAAAUGUUGGGUUCUGAAACCAUCAAAACUCCUACAACUCAUCCAAGAGCAGCUGGUCGAGAAACCAAAUAUGCAAAUCUUUUAUCAUCAUCUUCUACAGCGUCUGAGAGUCAACUGACUAAGCCUGGAGUAAUUCGCCCAGUACCUGUCAAAUCCAAACUACUACUGAGAAAGGAGGAAGAAGUUUAUGAACCCAAUCCCUUCAGUAAAUACCUUGAAGACAACAGUAGCCUGUUUUCUGAGCAGUGAUGAAGUUGGAGCAGAGUGAAAACCAGUUUGCUGAAGAGUUUUGGAAUGCCGGUGCUAACCAUUUGCUAGAUUUCACUCAUGCUUUUUCAGAAUGAUGCUCUGUUGAUGAGCUCAGUCCAGCAGAAGCACCUGAAAGGUUUGCUGCAGCCACAUAGCAUCGGUACACUCGCAAAACCCAGAGCAGGAUGAUAGACCUGUAGCUUCUAGCAUUGCCGUUCAAGCCUAUAAUGCCUUCUAUAAAGUUGACAGCAAUACUAAUGCACCCCUAUGUUA